UGCUUUAAUGCAGCGUACGACUGUCCUUAGAUGGUUAUAUAACCUUGGCCAGUCGAUCCUGUCGGAAGUUGCAGACUGUUAGCGCAGCGCCAAGACCCGACGAGCCUCUGUGGCAACUUCGUCAAUCUUUGCGAGCGCCGGGCGCCGAUUCGGCUACUUUCGGAAGGGGAGCCGAAGCCGGGGCUCGGGCGACUCGUCCUGCGGUCCAGCCGAAGGUGACGUAGGCAGAGUUCGCCGUUGGGUCGAAACCGAUGACGAGCACACACAAAAUGAAGUCGGCGGCGCUGAUGCUGACAUUUUAACCAAUAAACCGCCAAAUGGUUGAGCGGGGUUCCUGCUCGGAAGUGGAGGAGGGAUAUGACCGCUUUCAUUACUCAUCCAUCAGUGAGGGUUAAAGGAACAGAGCAUAACUACAAUCCAGUUCUCUGCCAGGAUGAGAAGUGUUCUGCCAAUUCUAAAGGUAGCCACAUGCACUGCCCCUUUUGUAGCGUGACUGAAGCCUACCAGGAUCCUGUCAUCUUGAGAGCACAUUACAGAGUUAAACAUGUUGAUAAAGGCCUUGAUUUUGCAGGCUUAAAGAUUCUUCGUUGCUGUAACCACUGUGACAUCAUUGGAACUAUUAAAGGAGAGAAAAAAUUCAAAGGUGCACACUGGCAUUGCUACCGGUGCCGAAAUGGUUUCAAUAGGCGUGAUGAAGCAGUCAAGCAUUAUAAAACUCAUUUCCGCAAUCCUCAUACCACUUUCCAAAUUCAAAUUACACAGGAGGUAAAUAGUCGACAGUAUUAUGAACAGAGUGCGGAAGCUCACCAUAAAGCUUAUGGAGGCACCCAAGUUACCUCUGGUGGGGCAAUGAAUAUCACUUCAGUUAGUCCUGUUAUUACAGAGACGGCUGUUAGCACAUCGACCACCAACCUUGCUGCUGUGAAUAGUGAUAAUACUGGACCAACUCGAAAGGACAGCAAGUUGACCAAUGGCAUUUCUCCUGCAGAAGAUUCCUUAGGCUCUGCAUCAACCAUGGGACAUCAAACUCUGGUGUUAAUGGAUCCAGAUGGAGAAAAUGGAGAGCUUGUAUAUAAUGACAACACAAACCUAAUUACUGAUCAGAAUGGUGAAGCUUUGGAUCAGAAUCUGCUAAUAGGGAAGCAGCUAUUAGAAUUACACCAGCAGAAUCAGCAACUACGGGUAGAAAAAGCAGAAAAUGAGCAUAGACUACAAAUGGAAGUGCAGCAGCUGAAGGACCAGAUUGCAGGUCUCAUGGAGGCCAAUUGGCAAAUGGCGGAAGAAUUAAAGCAAUAUAAGUGUUCCGAAGACGUUGAGAGCAAAAUAAAUCAAAUGAUUGAACAAAUGGAGGUACAGCACAGGGAACUCCUUCAGAUGCAGUUGGACCAAUUACGGAAUGAGUACAGUAAGCGAAAACAUCUAACUAAUGGGAGCCCUGUUUCUAGUCAGGACUCCACAGAUGACUGCACCGCUGGAUCAACAAAACGAGCUUUAGUAGGUGCUUCGACUUUGUCUCCCAGGAGUCACAGUAUUAGCCUGACCAUACCCAGCAGCAUUGUGACAUCAGCACAAAUGAUGGCCUCUGACCAUGAGGUCUUGGCAACGUCACAAGAUGGAAUUGCAGGAUCUGGAGUGGACCUCAGUUCAGGAAAUGUCAUAUCCUUCAUUGAGCCCAGUGAUAAUUCAUCAAAUGGGUCUGCAGGUUUGACAACGCUUGAAAUUGUCGAGGUCCAUUUAGACAAUGAGUCGACCAUUUCAAAUAUUGAGUCGUCUUCCCCAACACGUGUACAUUUAUAUCCAGUCACACAUGUCAAUAAUCAUAUGGAACUUUCAACCAGAAAACGGGUCUGUGAAGAUAACUCUGAAGAAGAAAGUCAACCAAAAAUUCAGAGAACUAUUUAAAGCAGGAUAUGACUAAGAUUAUGACAUAGUAUCUAUGUUGUAUCUAAAUAUAUGCCUUAUUUUUAAUCCAUAUUUUCAAUGAGUAAUUUAUUUACAGAAUAUUUAAUAUUUAGAUCCAUUCUACUUUCAGUGUUUUUAAGUGCAUCGAUUUAUGAACUAUAACCUUUUCAGGUUUCUGUCUGUCAGAGAGGUAAUGUACAACUUCCCUAUGCAGUAGAAGAUCUUUAGGCAAUAAGCCCUUGAGAGUAAAAGAGCAGGAAUGCUGACAGUGUCUGAUUUCUGCUCAGCCCCCCCCCCCCACCCACACCAAAAAGAAUAGACAGCAGCACUGCAACAAAUAUCAGACGAAAAAUUAAAUGGAGACUUAUAAAAAGGUUAACUUGAAUAGUGAGAAUUUCUGUCAAUUUACUUAGCCUUUAAUGCAAGUGUGUUUCUAUCUGUAGUUACAUCACUUAGCAGUUAUGAUCUAACACUACAUCAAUAUUUGUUUUUUUUUACCAGAAUGAAAGCAUUGGCACUUUAUUGUCAUUUAAUAGUCAAAGUAUUUACUAUCGUUUGACAAACUCAUGUGGAUAUACUGUUUUAUAUCUCCUAUGCAAUAACAUGGUGAAUAAUCAAAGAACCAGACCGAUUGUAGUGGUUUUUUAAUGUAGAUAUUGUUUUAAAAAAUUGCAUUUAAAAGCAAGUACAGUCCCUGCUAGAUAGUGCUAAUAAUCUUUUACCAUAGUUUGCUUUUUCAUUUUUGAGUAAUCCUGAUUUUGCAGCAAGUUGCAUUUCUUCUCCAUCUCCUUUUCCCAGCACCAUCAUUGUACAACCUGGUACUCCAGCCAUAUAUCCCUCAAUCAUAGACAUAACCUACUCAGUAUGAUCUCAAUUUAGGUGGAGAGUGUGAGGGAAUAACGUAGAUGGAUAAUUAAUAGGGAAGAGUUCCAUAUGUUCUCUCCACGAUUAUCAGGGAAACAUGAGGAGAAUAUGCUGGAAGGAGAUUAACCGCCCUAACUAAAUGCAUUUAGCCCAUAAGCACUGUGCAAGGUGAAUGAUUACAGAGUUCCUCAGAUGAUUUUGCUGUUUUCAGAAGACAGGUAUUCAAUUCACCCUCUUAAAACUGUUCUACAUCAAAUGUCCAAGUGACUAUGUGCUAUUUAUUUGUUUCUGCUUUGUUUACAUGAAGCUAAAUUGGUAACUUGUACUUUCCUGAGAUUUCCAAAUUGGCAGAAUUUCAUCCCAGUUCAGUUACUUUUACUUUAACUUUCCAAAGCAAUUUUGAGGCUGAAGAUUGUUGCUGCACAAUUUUUAUUCUGUGCUCAAUGUAUCAUGAAGAAGGAGAAAAAUAUUCCACCCUAGAUGUCUAAUUAUCGUGACACAUCCAUUGUAUAGCAUUUUGUUUGUUCAGUGAAACAAACAUCUUCACCCUUGGUUUGUCCUGCAUUAAUUACUUCCAAAUGCUGUAGUUUCAAUUUGUAUAUUUGUGAAAUAUACACAUUGUGAAAUGCUGAAUUUACUGUAUAUUUUUACGUAAACUACAUUUUUAUAAUUAAAUACAGUAUGUAUCUAUAAUAUCAGCAAAGUAGUAUAUUCCUGGAUUGCACGUUUGCAUUAAACACAAAUCUGUAUACAGGCUAUCACCCCCUUAUGUGGCCUGAGUGGGAAGGAGGGGUGCUGUUCCAGAAAAUUCCAUCACGUGAAACUGCACCAUCUUUGGAGGCUCCAAGAAAUACAAGGUGAAAAGAAUAAACUUUGUGUUGAUUUGCUUACAUUUUCUUUCCACAAGCAUUCCGUGAGAACAAAAUUUUCUCUGUAUCUCAAAUGUGUGGGUAGUGAUUUGUGAAUUCCGUAAGGGCAAAUUUCCGUAAUCCAGAUGGCUAUAACCGUCAGGGUCAGAUACACGAAGGGUGAUUGAUAAGUUCGUGGUCUAAGGUAGAAGGAGUCAAUUUUAGAAAACCUAGCACGUUUAUUUUUCACCCUCCCCUAGUGUUGUCACCAUGUCCUCAUGGACCUCCUUGGGUUAUAAGCCCUUGAGACUGAGGUAGUAGAUGACUGCACUGAGGCUGAUGUCCAUUUUCUCGGACGGUAUACUUGCACUUUUCAAUUAUCUGAAACAGAAAUACCACAAAAGUUAUUAACUUCAAACUUUCUGCAUAAUCACCCAAAGAGUUGAACUGCUCGUGCACCUAAGGGUUGUAUCUCCUUCUACCUUGGGCUACAGAUUUAUCAAUCACCCCUGCUGUGGACCACCUGGAGGUCCAAGAUGACGAUUUCUACAAAGAAGGGAUUCGUAUGCUCCACGACUGCUGGACUAAGCGUGUAAAUGUAGGAGGGGACUAUGUUGAAAAAUAAAUGUGCUAGGUUUUUUAAAUUUGACUCCUACCUUAAGCCAGGAACUUCACACCCCUCGUAUAUUUUGUUCAAAAAUCAAUUAAUGCAAUGUAUUAUUGACAAACUAGAGCAAUGAGUAAGCAUUUUCUGCCCAGUCAAUAGCCUUGGCAGUGGAGAUGGAGAUGUUUCAUGUAAAUGUUCUUGUCAAGGAUAAAAAUUAAUGUCCAAUGUCACCUUGUAUUUUCGCAUAAACAUAACUUCAUAACUGGUAGAUUCUUUAAGCAUUCAUCAGAGAAAAUAAUGUUUAGCUAUUUUGGCCAAGACUAUGACAUUAACCCUCAUCUGCCCUUUUAAAAAGGCGAGCUGCUUAGUUCAAGGAUACUGAGAGUUUGCCAAACGAUGCCAGUCUUGUCUAGAAUGUUUACAUCAUGCAUUGAAUCAAAAUUGAUUUCUUGUUGAAGAUAUUGUUGAAGAUUACAUGAUGGUAAUAUAUGAAAACAAGUUGCUGUCAACAACCAUUUUACAAACUGGAUUACUUUGAUUCAUACUCUAAUUAUAUGUGUUACCAUUAAACCC